AUGGCAUUCCCCGCUUCCUUCCGACUAGGACUUGAUAUCACAAAUGUUGUUGGGCCGCUCGUAAAGACAAUUCUCCUCCUGGGCUCGGUUGACAUUUUCCAGGAAAUCAAACGGUCUAAGUCGGAUGGCAUUACAGGGCUGCAUCUCGAGGCUCUCAUUGGCCGUCACCGAGUAGCGGAGUAUAUGAAAGAGAAUUUUCAGCGCAUCGUUGCUCAGUCACAUCAAACUAUAUUCUCUAGAAUUCUUCAAAAUGAAGGCUUCGUUCUUGAAGCUGGAGCUGGGCCGAGUGUUCGACAAGCGCUUACCGAUUCAAACCCAGCUUGGCUUUUAAUGAUCAUUCAAAUGUCUGUCCUUGGUUUCUCAAAUGAGCAAGAAUCCCUAGCGCAGGCAAUCACAACUGUGACGAGUGAGAUGCUUCACUCAUCGGCAGUGGAUAAGAGGCAGGAUCUAGACUACGUAUCCAUCCUAGCCGCUCUCAGUGCCUGUCAGCAACAAACCGCCAAUUUUGUCUAUGUGGACUUUUUCGAAAGAACAGAAAAAAAGAUUCACGACGCUAUAAGAAACUCUUAA